GGCAGGUGGUGCUUCUUCUUCUUCUUGGAAUUCUGGUGUUGCAGAUGGGCACGUGAUUCUAGUUUAAAUAAGGUGAUGAUGAUGGGGUUCUUCAGUUGUUUUGGUGCCUGUAAAGAAAGUGCUGAGGCAGAAGCAGAAGGAAUUGGCACAAAUAAUGUGAGGCUAUUUUCAUACCUGUCUUUGAGAUCAGCCACAGGGCAUUUUAUUGCUUCAAACAGAAUUGGGAGAGGUGGCUUUGGUGUAGUCUACAAGGGGGUGUUGAGAGAUGGAACUGAGGUUGCUGUCAAGGCUCUAUCUGCAGAAUCCAAGCAAGGGACAAGUGAAUUCUUGACAGAGAUAAACAUGAUUUCUAACAUCAGGCACCCAAAUCUUGUCCAAUUGAUUGGCUGUUGUAUCGAAGGGAAUAACAGACUGUUAGUGUAUGAGUAUAUGAAGAACAACAGUCUAGCCAAUGCCUUACUUGGGUCAAACAGCAGCAACCGUUCAGAGCUUAAUUGGUCCAAACGGACUGCAAUAUGCAUCGGGACAGCUUCCGGCAUCGCAUUUCUACACGAUGCCGAGCCAAGCAUAGUCCAUCGUGAUAUAAAAGCUAGCAAUGUGCUUCUUGAUGAGAAUUUCCUGCCCAAGAUUGGAGAUUUUGGAUUAGCAAAACUAUUUCCUGACAAUGUCACACAUGUUAGCACAAGAGUAGCAGGAACAGUAGGAUAUUUAGCACCAGAAUAUGCAUUAUUGGGACAGCUAACUAAGAAAGCAGAUGUGUAUAGUUUUGGGGUGCUUUUGUUAGAAAUAAUCAGCGGAAAAAGUAGCAGUAAAGCAGGUUUUGGAGAUGAUUUCUUACUUCUUCUCGAAUGGACAUGGGAGCUGUUCAAGCAAGGCAAGCUCGAAGAGAUUGUUGAUCCAGAACUGUCGGACUCUCCUGCAGAGGAAAUAAUUCGAUACGCAAAAGUUGCAUUAUUCUGCACACAAGCAGCAUCACACCAAAGACCAGAAAUGAAUCAAGUAGUGAAGAUGCUGUCUACAGAUGUUAUUCUUAAUGAGGAAUUACUAUCGGAGCCUGGAAUGUAUCGGCCACAAAGUUCACGUAAAUCACGAGGUGGAAGUUUCCGGAUGGACACUUCCGAUAGAGGCAAGAAAUCAGCUAAUGCUAUUGUCACUACCACACCAUCUGAUAAUGAUCACACUGUUACACAGAUGGUUCCCAGAUGAAACUAGACGUAUCUAUUUGACUAUAGUAUGACCAAAGUCAUCAAUUUCCCAUUAUUCUUGUUCAUUCUUUUA